AUGACAAAAAAGUCAAAUUCUACUAUUAGUAGCAAUUCUGCCACUGGAAAUUCAAAAGCUCUCUCAUUAUGGGAUGUCGAUGGUGGAUCUGAUAGUAGUGAAGACGGUGAAUCUGAUAGUAGCGAAGACGAUGUUACUGAUACUGAUAAUGACGAUAAGUGUUGA